AUGGGCUCUAUCGGAUCCUCCCACCAUGACCCGCAGCUCGCAGCCUCAGCAUCCAGCAACGAGGCGGCGGACAUGAUCACGCUGGACUGCUCCAAGCUCCACGGGUCCGCCGCCGAACGAGGCGAAGCGCUCCGCCAGCUCGACCACGCCCUGCAAACCUACGGCUUCAUCUACCUGGCCAACCACGGCAUGCCGGCGGAGCGCUUCUUCGCCCUCGACGCCGCCACCAAGAACCUGAUCCCGCGGCCCGCCAGCGACGCCCUUGAGGACCACCUCGGCUACGCCGAGUACGGCGUCGGCCACAUCAGCCAGCUGGUCUUCGACGAGGCGGCCGUGGAAGCCCACCGCCGCGCGUCGCCGGACCACAAGGAGACCCUGGAGGUGGGCAACCCGGCCGACCCGAAGAACCGGUGGCUGCCGGAGUCGGUCUUGCCGGGGUUCCGCGCCUUCUACGCGCGCUUCUGGGCCGCGUGCAACGAGGUCGAGGCCGCGCUGCGCCGCGCGCUCUGCGACAUCCUCGCCAUCGAGCCCGACAGGCUGUGCCGCAUGCAGAGCCAGCGGUUCGGGCAUAUCAGCUUCCUCCACUAUCCGCAGAUGGUGCUGCAGUCGGCCGCGGCCACCACGGCGGCGGGGCAAGCCCCGCGUCGAUUGAACGCGCACACCGACUACGGCGGCCUGACCCUCGUCUUCCAGGACCACGUGGGCGGGCUGGAGGUGCACGAUGGCGCCGUCUUCCGGCCGGUGGCGCCCAAGCCCGGCACGAUCGUCGUCAAUGUCGGCGAUAUGCUGGAGCGGCAGUCGAAUGGGCGGUGGAAGAGCGCCUUGCAUCAGGUCGUGGGGCCGCGCGAGGAGACGCUGGGGCUCGGGGAGCCGGCGGCGGCAGCGGCGGCGGCACGCUCGGAUGCGGGCAAGCUGGUCUUCGAUCGCUACUCGAUUGCCUAUACCGGGGCGGUGGACCCCGAGGUCAUGAUCGAGACCUUGCCGGGCUGUGAUGUGCCGGGGAAAUGGAGGCCCAGUAUGGCCGACUGGGACCAGGAAAAGCCGGUGACCUCCUAUGAGUGGCUGACGAAACGGGUGGCAGCCGAGUAUCACCAGGGCUGA